AUGAACCCAACUUUCAAAUAAUCACAAUAAUUGGAAAAUAGUAGCAAUAUUAUGGGGAGCAGUGCUGGAUUUAAUAGAAAAAUAAAAUUGGCCUCAUAAAGACCUGGUAGUCGAGACUAAAAAGUAAAAACGGGAGAAAUGUAUUAUGAAAAUAUAUACCUAAAUAGAUUUCCUUAAUUUUAAGAUCCAUUAGCCACAAAUCCUUUUAAUUUGUUAAGUCUUAAUCUUUAUUAGGAUGAAAAUACCUUUAUAUCAACAAUGAAAAUAGAACUUUAAUAAAUAUAAGAAGAAAUCAAUAAAUUAGAUAUUGAUGGACGAGUACUAAUAAACUAUUCAUCUUUAGAUUCGAAAUAACGAUCCAAGACAAGAGUAUAGAUUAUAAUAAAUUAAAAAGUGGGUUGCUUAAAAUUCACAAUCUAAAUUAACAUUUGAAAAAUAUAAUAACAUUGAAAUUUCAUAACUGCUAACUAUAUUAGAUACUAGAAAUUUAGAGUAAUUAUUAUAAUGCUAUUUAAGGGAAGCUAUUAUGAAACUAUAUAAAUUCAUAUCAAUUAUGGAUACCUUAAUCAUGAAAAUUACUGAGUAUGAGGCUAUUCAUUUGAUUAAAUUUGAUGAAUUGUUUAGUUCAUUAUGUCCUAAUUAUUAGGAUAAUUUGCAAUAAAUAUCUGUUUUGAAAUUUCCACUAUCAAUUGCUAAUUUAAAUCGUAUGACUGAGUUAUAUUAAGUUAAAUAAGAUAAAAAUUACUCAUAAAAAUUAUCAAAUGACAAUAGUAAUAAUAAUAAUUCAAUUUUACUCAAAUAGAUUAAAUAAAAAGAUGAUCAAAUCAAUGAUUUAAAUAAAACAAUUAAGUAAUUGUAAUUAUAAUUGUAAACACUUAUGAAAGGAAAUAAUAAUAAUAAUCAAAAUUCUUCUGAGCAAAUUGAACAAUUAAGAAAUGAAUAUGAAAUAAAAUUACAAAAAUAAAAUGAAACUAUCACUCUGAAACAUUAAAAAGAAAUAGAAACUUUAUAAUCUUAAAUUGAAUAAUUUUAGAAACAAUUAUUAUAAUUAAAAAAUCAUUAUGAAAAAUAAAUUUCUGAUUUAGUAUUAUUAAAUUAAUAAGAAUAAUUAAAUUUAAAAUCUUAAUUUGAAAAUAAAUUAGAAUAAUAAUCAAAAUAUAAUUAAACAUAAACAUAAACACAAUCUAAUAUCUAAUAAUAAUAAUCUAAUGGCGUGGCAAAAGACCAUAAUUACUAUCAAAAAAUAUUAGAUAAAGCUUAAUAAGAAUAUAAUGAAAAAUAUAAAAUUUUAGAAAAUGUAAUUUUUCAUAUAAAAUAUAGGAUCUUAUUAAAUUAAGAAAUUAAUUGUAAGAAAAAUAAACUUUGGUUGAAAGUUAAUAAAGAGAAAUUCAAUAAUGGAAAGAAACAAUUGAUAGAUUAAAUAAAGUUAAAGUAUAGUGAAUCUAUAUAAAAUUAGGAUGAAAUAUAUUAACAAUUUUAGAAGCGUUACACAACUGAAGAAUAAUUUUCAAAUUCUUAUGAAGCAGCAUUGAAAUUAGAAUUUGAAACAAUGAAAAAAGCUUUUGAAUAAAAAAUAUAAAAAUAUUAAUUAGAUUUAGAAUCUCAGAGAAGAGAGUCAGGAAAAUAAAUAAAUGAGAUACGAAUCUAGUUAGAAAGAGAACAGGAAACAAAAAAAUUAUUAUUGAAUAAGCUUAGUUUAUAUAGUUGA